AUGCAGAAAAGGCGGGAAGUCAACACGGUUGAAUAUGGAGGGAAUGCCAAUGGCCAGCCCUGUGUCUUCCCCUUUACUUACAAGAGCUGGACAUUCUAUACUUGCAGCAAUGAAGAUGAUCCACUUGGGAGGUUCUGGUGUGCCACUACGGGGGACUAUGAUAAGGACCAUAAGUGGAGCUAUUGUGCCGACACCCGACUGAGUACAAGACCUACAGGGCCUUGUGUCUUUCCUUUCAUCUACAAAGGAAAAUCCUAUAUGUCUUGCACAACUGAUGGGGAAUCCGAAGGAAAACUUUGGUGCUCUCUGAUCAGCAACUAUGAUGAAGAUCAAAAAUGGACAUACUGUGAUCUUUCAGGUAGGGAGACAAUAGAGGGAAGAAAAGGUGGCGCUGCGAGAGCCAUGUGUCUUCCUUUCAUAUACGAAGGCAAAAUUUACUCAUCCUGCACAACAGAUGGGUCAUCCAAUGGAAAGCCCUGGUGCUCUCUGACCAGCAUCCAUGACGAAAACCCCCAUUGGAGAGACUGUGAUUUCUCAGUUACAUCACCUAACCAAAUGUCAUUCCCCUUUGGUGAAAGGUGUACUCCGUCCUUGCGAUAA